AUGGCUUAUUUGCUGACUCAUCACCUUCCCGACGCCCAAACCGCCGCGGCGGAUCUCUCGAAACCGCCGCGGUCUGACUGCCCGAGGUGCGGCUCAACGAAUACGAAAUUCUGCUACUACAACAACUACAACAAAUCUCAGCCUCGCCAUUUCUGCAAGGCGUGUAAGAGGCAUUGGACUAAAGGCGGCACCCUGCGGAACAUCCCCGCCGGCCGCCGCAGCAGGAAAAAGCGCCCAAGCGCUUCCGCCGCCGCUGCCGCUGCCGCUGCCGCUCCGCCGAAGCGGACGCAUCUCCUGAAUUCUCUCCCUGUCGCCAACGAUCAGAGUGAUAUGUCAGAUAUUCUCUACCAAGCCUUAAUUCGAUCCUCGUCUCCAACCUCGGCUGUUCAGGGUACAAUCCUGGAAAGCAAUGGUACAAGUACAACAUUCGGAGCAACUCAAUAUUAUACUAGUAAUACAGAAGAGUUUGCGCUCUCGAGUUUUAAUUCUGCUCCGACCUCUGCUGAGAAUGGCGACUCCACGGAGGAAUCGGCCGUCGCGAAUAGCGCGGCGGAGAUAUGGAAUUGGAAUGAGGUUGAUUUUUCAGAUAGUUUGUGGGAUCAUUCGAUGAUGACGACGUACAAAUCUCAUUUCGAAGGGUAUUAUCCACGUUGA